AAAACAAUCAAAAUGGCGGCAGCGUUAACUUUCGGCACAUGCAUUUUUAUUCAUCUAGCUUAAAAAGAUUGAAUAAGAAAAGUCAUGGCAGCUUUAGAUUCUUUAGCAGAAUUAAACAACAUACUUGAAGAAUGGAACAACGAGAAUGCAGCUGCUGGCUUUGCUACUUCCAAUCCAGUUCCAAAAAUAACAAGGCUUGCAGAAAUAGUAGAAAUGGAGACAGAAGCAUAUUACAAGAUGGACCCUGAUCCAUUUGAUGAUAGACAUCCAGGUAGAGCAAACCCAACAUGCACUCUUGGACAUUUGUUUAAAGCCCUGUUUAAGAAUGAGGAGUUUAUGAACAGGUUAGUCAGUGAGUACCUACUAGAUCCUCAUGGUAACUCUGACUUAUGUAAACAGACAUCCAGGCUGCUGUAUGGGGUCUUAACUGGUAUAGAGAAACGUGAUUUCUAUAUAGAUACGGAGGGGCUUGUGGAGCAGUUGUUUAAAUGGGCGGAGAAAGCGGAUGAACCAUUGAGAACAUAUGCCACAGGUCUUCUUGCUGGUGCCAUGGAGUUACAGGAUGUAGCAGCAAACUUCAAGGAGAAAAACUCGGCGCUGGUGUCAGUGAUGUUACAGCGUUUACAUGCACUUCAGAAGGAAAUGCAUGAAGAGUUUUUGAAAGAUGAAGCAACAAAAGCUGAGGAGAAUCCGAGACAUUUCCCUAUGUUUGGAACCCAUAGCAAGACGGCUAGUCCAGGUGGCACUUUCACAUCACCCAAGAACAAGAACUCUAGGUCUCCAGUUAAGGGAGGUCAGUCUGUUUCAGCAACUAAAGUGUCCCCAACUAAAGGGGAAAAAUCACCAACUAAGAUUAACCAAAAUAAAGCAUCAGAAAAACCAGCUGUAGUAAAGGAAGAUGAUAAAGAUAAGAGAACUUGUGUUCUUUCAAACAAUUCUAAAACAGAGGCUCAAGAUAAUGAUGUAGAGUUAGAGAUUAAAUGUUCAGGAGCAGUGGUGUCGGGUGAAAAUAAAGCUAUUGUCAGUUAUAGUCAGACACCUGGAUGUAGUGAUAAAUACGGAGAAAAUAUUCCUUCUAAGGGUAAUGAAAUCCAGAAUGAUACGGAAUAUACUGAUGUGGAGAAAAGUGAUAUUGGUGGAAUUGAGAAUAGAUAUGUGAGUGAUAUAGUGGGUGAGGAAAUAGAACAUGAUUUGGAUUCUGAGGACGAGGAAAGACAAGAUGAUAUAACUGUGGAAGAUAGACGAGCUAGAUUGAAACGUACACUGUCCCCAAGUUUUUAUAGUGAAGACGUGUACAGAUUAAAGAAGCAACGUAUUAGAAAUGACAGCUUUAUAUUGAGUGAUGUAAGCAAUAGCAGCUGGGCAGAGAUUCAACCGUAUGUUAUAGGAUCGUACAGUCUAGAUCCACUGAGCCUCGGUAUGAAACAGAGGCUCAUUCUGCAAUACCUCACACCUAUGGGAGAAUAUCAGGAGCUGAUCAGUGCAGCAUUUGAGCACCGAGCAAUGGAUUUGGUGUUCUAUUACAUAAACCUAAAGUACAACAGGGAUGUGAGAUUGGCUUUUGAAGCAUUGAAGUAUCUGGCUGUAUUACUAUGUCACAAGAAGUUUGCUAUAGAGUUUCUGAAUCGUGGAGGUGUACAGAAGUUGUUAGAUGUAUAUAGACCUUCUAUAGCUGCUACUGGUGUCUCAUUGUGUCUCUAUUAUCUCUCAUACUUUGAAGAUGCUAUGGAAAGGGUAUGUUUGUUGUCGGAUCAUAUACUCACCACUCUUGUCAGUUAUGUGUUAUGGUUGAUGGAAUGUUCCCAUGACUCUAGUAGAUGUCAUGCUGCAAUGUUCUUCACUCAGGCAUUCCCAUUCCUAGUUAUACUCAACAAAUUUGAUACACAUGAUGGUUUACGCAGACUUUACAAUGUUAUCAGCACGUUGGAGAUAAUGAACAUAGAGAGUCGCUCUAGUCCCAGCGAGGAUCAGGUAUUCACCAUGAGACAGUCGGCUAGGCAUGUCUGUGUAGCACUGAAGAGGUACUUUGAGUCACAUCUUAUCUUGAAGGUGAACGAGCUGAAACGAUCACAUGCCAGGAAUGAGGGUGGAUCUCCACAUCAUGAAACACCAGCUUACAAGGCUUUAAAGAUAACACCAGAGUUGGUACAAGAGAACAUUGAGAUAAUGAUAGAAAUGAUGCCAGUAAGGCAACAGUGGCAACCAGAGGCCACAUUCUAUAAACUAGGGGGAAUAACUCUGCUCACACAGCUAAUAGGAAUGUCACCAGAGUGGAGUAGUUACACUGGAAAGCCGGAGACACUGAAAGCUGCUUUGGAUGUUAUAGGACUGUGCUGUGUGACUCCAAAAUCUCAGCUUCAGUUGCUAGCUUCUAUUCCAAUGCCAGAUAAUGUUGCAACUCCAGGUAUUAGUAUAUUGAUUGGUUUGGCUGAAGGUGAGAUAGUCUCAGAUCCUGAUGUACAGAGAUCAGCCCUCAGUGUAAUCAUCAACUGUGUAUGCGGACCUCUGGAACGGCUUGGAGGAGGUGUUGGAAGGUAUAUGGGCUCAGGUUCAAGGAAGAAAAUAAACUGGAAAUUAGGGGAAGAUGUUUUAGCCAAAAUGUGGAAUGGAGUUCGUGAAAAUAAUGGUAUAAUGGUGCUGUUGAAAUUACUUUCCGUUAAGACUCCAAUAACUGAUGCAGAUUCGAUAAGAGCUCUGGCAUGCAAAGCUUUGGUUGGUAUGGCAAGGUCAGAGACAGUAAGACAGAUUAUUAGUAAACUACCUCUCUUCUCAAAUGGCCAGUUACAGUCUCUGAUGAAAGAACCAAUAUUACAAGACAAGAGACAAGAACAUGUAAAAUUCUGUAGGUAUGCCACGGAACUGAUAGAGAAAGUCUCGGGAAAACAGACCCAUAAAUACAGUGAUGCUACACUAGAUGAUAUUAGAAAGGCAGACAUUGUAGCACAGUCAAAGAUAAUCUAUAAUGGAAAGGAAUUGUUGCAGCUCAUAUAUGAUCACUUACAGAUUAAAGGCUUUCAUGGGGCAGCUGAAGUGUUACAAAGAGAGGCGAACCUACCUCGAUGUGCCACCCCACCACCAGCUCACCCCUUAAAUCCCCAGCUAUUCCAUUCUCCACACGCUGGUAGUGCACAUCUGUUUCCACCAACAGGUUCAAGCAUAGUUACACCCAGACCAUUGAAUCGCCAGAUAAGUCAGCCUGCUCCAGGAACAUCGUCGACAGCUUCAUCCUUGCCCAGCUUGCCAGUCUCUCAGGUCAGCCCAGUCAGCGUAACACCUCAAGCUGCAUCAGCUCCUAGAUUACAUUCACCCUACUCAGGCCAGCAACAGAGUAAUCAGCCUUGCCUGUCUCCUCAGGGAACAUUGUCAUCAAGAUUACCUAACUCUCAGUCAGCUCAGCCAGCUUCAUCACAAGGACUGAGUGAUAGUCAGAUGCCCGUGGUAUCUACUACCCCAGCAGGACCUAUACGAUUCAGCAUCAACAGGCCGACAAAUCCUCAACAGCCACAGAAUACACCAACAUCUACUAAUAGGGGAUUACAGCAUAGAUGUAAGUAUUUGAAGGAUCGGGACCUUACCCUGCUAAGUCCAGCAGUAAGGAAAGGGUUAUUACAGAAAUCUCCAAUGGAUUAUGAGAUUAGCCUUGAUAAAAUUGUCACAGAAUAUCUACGUAAACAGCAUGCCCUGUGCCGGAAUCCGGUCGUCACAUGUCCACCAAUGUCUCUAUUUCAACCACAUCAAUGUCCAGAACCAAGAGGGCGUUCCAGUGCUCCCCUCAGCUUUACUGCCAGAACUUACAAGAAAAUGUUACAUCCAAAAUACGGAGGUGUGGAUGGUGGUAAAUUGGACCGGAAGUUUAUUUAUAGCAGAUUUAAACCAAUCAGAACAUAUAAAGAUUCAGAAGAUGAUGGUUUCUCAUGUUGUACAUUCGCUUCUAGUCAGCAAUACCUGAUGUUGGGAACCUAUGGUGGCAAUCUCAAGCUUAUAAACACACAGAGCACAGAGGAAACUGGAAGUUUUCACUGUCAUUCAUCCCCGGUUACAUAUUGUGAGCACUCCAGGGAUGGCAAAUUGGUGCUGACAGCGUCAACCUAUGGUAUAAUGCAUUGCUCAGCAUUGUGGUCCUGGGGUGCUGAAACACUAGAUAAAAUGUUUGAGUUUGAAGAUCAUCACCUUGAGUUUAGCAGACAUGUCCAAGAUAGAUUAAUAGGGACAAAAGAAGAAGUUGCAAAUAUAUAUGACAUCACUACGGGGGUAAGGCUGUUACGACUGUAUGAUGCAGAUAAAGCAAAUAAUUACAAAGCUAACCGUGCAAUAUUCAACCCAACAGACGAUCUCGUGCUAAAUGACGGUGUGUUGUGGGACAUCAGGACACCAAUGGCCAUUCACAAGUUUGACAAGUUUAACCAGUAUGUCAGCGGUGUCUUUCAUCCUGUUGGAUUGGAAAUCAUCAUCAACUCAGAAGUUUGGGAUAUACGUUCAUUCCAAUUAUUACAUACGGUUCCAGCCCUAGAUCAGUGCCAGAUACGCUUUAACUACCUAGGUGAUGUUAUGUAUGCAACCCACAUAGAUGAGGAAUUAGAGAUAGAUUCAGACAGACACAGCCCAUAUGGCUCUACUUUCAGGACAUUUGAUGCCACUAAUUAUGCUGCUAUUGCCACAAUGGAUGUAAAAUCAAGAAGUAUAUCAGACUUAUGUACAGACACAGUAGAUAGCUACCUAGCUGUUGUGGAGAACCAGCAGUCAGUGGAUGUUGGGGCGGAGGAGAAUAUUUGUCGACUGUAUGAGAUUGGAAAAGUGAAGGAUGAGGAAGAUGAUCAGCAAAAUGAAGAAGAGGAGGAACAAGUCCAAGAUGAUGAUGAUGAUGAUGAUGAUGACGAUGAUGAUAAUGGUGAUGAAUUUAUGCUAAAUGAUGAUGAUGAAGAUGAUGACGAAAAUGAAGAGGAUGAAAAUGAUAACAGUGGUGAUAUCGAAGAUAUUGAUGAUACUGAUGAUGAGGAUGAUGAUGAUGUUAUUCUGUCUUUAGGAAGUGAUGUAGAUGAUGAUGAUGAUGAUGACGAUGAUGAUGUUGAUUUAGAAGGUGCUUUCUUUGAGCUUGCUGACUUGUGAACUGCCACAGAUUACCUUGACAUUUGUAAUGUGAAUGUGCAAUGAAUGUUGUAAUAGAUUUUAAUUUCUCACUUGGAAAUACCGAAGCUAGUGAUAUGGAGGUGCUGACAUUGACUUUGUGUAUAUGGUGCAGUAUGGCUCAAGGAAAAUGUUCACUCAAUAAGACUACUGGAUGUUAAUUUUUUCUGUGAAAAUUACACUGGCACAACUUGGUAUGGUGUUUUACAAUGAGACAUGGUGGAAGGUUUGACAUGAUUAAGUUGUAUGGAACUAGUAGUUCUGGAGUAGUAGAAAACUGAUGAUGAUAUUUUGGUUAAUGGAAAAGAUUUUAUUUUUGUACAUUGAAAAGGUGAAUUGUUUCUGACUGCAGUUUGUUGAUAUUUCUACUUAAUCCUAACCAAAUCCAAAAUUUAUUAUGAGAGUUACUUCCUUUGAAUUAGAGUAUAUUUAUUGUACCUUAAUUCACUGUUUAUACUGGAGGAUACUGUCACUGCAUUAGUGUAAAGCCUCUUACUCUAACAUUUAAAAAUUUGAUGACUGAACUGUGUUCACCAGCGAAAGCAUUCUGAACACUGUUUCAUUGGGAUGUAAAUUCGUGGAUUUCAAAUUUUUGAAAUUUUUAUAUUAUCAUUUCCACAGGACUAGAUCUAGUAUACCAUUUUGUUCUUACAUGUGAAACCUGCAUGUGCCAAACAGCGCUACCAUGGUUACUGAAUUUGCAAUCUAUGCUGCGGGAGAUUAGCAAAUGAUCAUGUACCAAUUAACGAACAACCCCUAAUUUUCAAAACUUAGUGAAACUGUCAGAUAUUCAAUAAAAUAUAUCAAAGCCAAUUAAGUGUCAAAACUGUAGCUCUUUGGAUAUUGUCUUGCACAAUUAGCAUUCAUUAUCGUGUUUUCGUUAUUGUUAAUAUCAAUGUGAGUGUGUCAUCUUCAAUGCUUUUAGUUGUUAUCGUCCACACCCUUUUGUUUUCAUCAAAUAGAAUAAUAUAUGAAAAUGUUUUAAUUACCCUUAGCUUUUUUCUAGCUGCAAAUAACUGUGGCAGCAUAGUGCGGUGUGUCACAUGAUGCUAUGUCAAGCUACUGUUUUUAGUUUCUACUUUACUUUGACGAGCAUGUCGUAAACAGAUCACGGGUAAAUGUUUAAAUGAAAUAGUUGAUUUUGUUCCUAUGCAAACCAAUUAUUUAUUGUUGAUGGAGCCUCCAUAAACUACACGAAAGCUGUAGGUCAGUAUUCCAGCGGGCCAGAUCAGACAGCUAUGGAAGUACAGUGUCUUAUCCAUGAAAAUUAAUCCCCCACGAAUAAUAAUGAACUGAGUCAUCUUGGGUCAAAAAAUAAGUCACUAGGUCCAUGAUUUCAAGUGGCCCAAAAUUUUCAAAAAGAAAAAUACCCUACUUUUUUCACUGAAUUCCAAAAUUUUAAUUUUUUAUUACACAUUAACUUGUUAACUGACCUAAAAUGUUAAUAAAUUUACCAAUCAUUAUCUAGUUUUUUUUUUUGUUUGAAAUGCAUGUAGUUAACUGCCUUCAACUGAUAAAGGUGUGUUAUUCAGCUCAUUGGACUAUUAAACAUUGCAUAUACUGUGACUUCAAAAUAUGUAUGUGCUGCUUUAUUCGUAAGCUAACAGAAAUAUUAAGGAUAUUUUCUAUGUAGCAUUAGCUAGUGGUGCUUUAGCAGUGUCCCUUAAAUUGGUUUAAACAUUGAACAUGGGCUAAUGCUUAUUAACCUUUAGCAUGCUAGAUAAAUGGUCGUCUGCUGGAAAUGUCGUCUGCUAAAAUUGUAAAGUUCAUUCAAUUUGCUCCAAAAUUGGAAGAAAUAUUGUCAGAGUAGCAAACAGCUUGGAACCUGAUCAGACGCCGAUUUAAUCGGCGUCUGAUCUGGUUCCAAGCUGUUUGCAAAGGCUAUUAAAUUCGCCUGCAGCAGGCUAAGGGUUAAAACAGGGUUCCUUGGGUCAAAGUUAGGACCACCACAGAAGUAGGUUUUGUACUUAUAGAUACAUAAAGGGAGACUUGAAAUGAUCACUAUCUACAGAAAGACUUUGCCAUGAGGUAUUUUCAUGAAACAUUGGGGUCUUGUACCCUAUUCUUGAGACCACAGAAAUUUUUGAUUUACAUAGAGCGUUAUAUGGAAAAUAUAACAGAGGGAGUUUACUAACAUUUAAAAGCUUUUUAGCUCACCUGAGCCAGAGGCUCUGAGUGAGCUAUUGUGAUCGCUCGCCGUCUGUCCGUCCAGCAUCCAUCCACACUUUCUUCUUAAACAACAUCUCCUCCUAAACCACCAAGUCAGUUUUGAUGAAACUUCAUAGGGAUGAUCCUUGGAUGGCCUUCUUAAAAAUUGUUCAAAGAAUUGAAUUCCGUACAGAACUCUGGUUGCCAUGGCAACCGAAAGGAAAAACUUUUAAAAAACUGUCCAAAACCACAAGGCCUAGGGCUUUGAUAUUUGGUAUGUAGCAUCAUCUGGUGGGUCUCUACCAAGAUUGUUCAAAAUAUUCCCCUAAGGUCAAAUAUGGCCGUGCCCCGGGGGUCACAUGAUUUAUAUAGACUUAUAUAGAAAAAAACUGAAAAUUUUAUUGUCCAAAACCAUAAGGCCUAGGGCUUUGAUAUUAGUAUGUAGCAUCAUCUAGUGGGCCUCUACAAAGAUUGUUCAAAUUAUUAUCCUAAGAUAUAAUAUGGCACCACCCUGGGGGUCACAUUGAUUUAUAUAGGGAAAAUCUUUAAAAAUCUUCUGGUUAAAAACAAAAGGGCCUACGGCUUUGAUAUUUGGUAUGUAGCAUCAUAUAGUGGGCCUCUACCAAGAUUGUUCAAAUGAUCCCCCUAGGAUGAAAUAUGGCCCCGCCUAGUAGGGUCACACGGUUUAUAUAGACUUGUAUAGGGAAAAAAAAAAUCUUCUUGUCUGAAACCACAAGACCUAGGCUUUUGAUAUCUGGUAUGUAGCAUUGCCUUGUGGUCCUCUACCAAGAUCGUUCAAAUUAUGCCCCUGGGGUGAAAGAGGCCCUGCUCUGGGGGUCCCAAGUUUUACAUAGACUAAUAUAGGAAAAAACUUUAAAAAUCUUCUUGUCUGAAAGUUCAAGGCCUAUGCCUUUGAUAUUUUGUAUGUAUCAUUACCUAGUUGAUCUCUAACAAAAUUGUUCAAAUUAUGCCUCCGAGGUGAAAAGAGGCCCCGCCCCAGGGGUCACUUGAUAUAUGAGUUAUAUAGAAAAAAAUACUUCAAAGAUUAUCAGAUCAUAUUUUCUAGGCUGUUUAAUUAUAUUUACCUGAUGACCCCAAGUGAUAAGGGUCACCCGACUGUGACCUUGACCUACUGACCUACUUUCUAUUUUGUAAGAUACAGCUUUGAAGUUUGGAUGACAUGUACAGUUUUGCACACUGAUCUUAAAACUGACUUUCAGUGACCAUGAAUUUGACCUACUGACCUACUUUCUUGUUUCUUAAGAUACAGCCUUGAAAUUUGGAUAACAUGUAUAGUUUUGUACAGUAAUCCUAAAACUGACUUUCAGUGACCAUGAAUAUGACCUACUGACCUACUCUUUUGUUUUUGAAGCUUUAACAAAGACAUUUGUUCAGGCAAGCAAUUUAACUCAGGUGAGCGAUAUAGGGCCAUCAUGGCCCUCUUGUUUAGAAAGUAUUCUGUCUUAAACAAAGUUUUACUCAAACCAUGUCCUGUCUGUCAAAAUUUGAAACGAAGUUAUACAUGAAUACUUGAAAAUAAUUUUGAAGGUUUUCAGCAGUAUCGUAACCUUUCAGAAACAGUGUAGGCCUAUCAGGUUCUCCAAUUAGAUUUUAUUAUCCUUAGACUUGCUUGAAAGAAAAAAGUAUUUUAGCCCUAAAUUCUGAGGAAGUUAGUCAGGCUUAAUUUUUGACAACUUGAGGGCCUGUAGGUCAAAUUAUAGAAAAACCGGGUUCAUCCUGUCCAAAUCUUGUACUAAUCUGUAUGAAACCUGAUCAAAAUGGUUGUCUUUAUGAAAGUCAAGUUUGAAACUGUUACAUGUGUUCAGAAACUAGGUUGCUUGGUCCAGUCAUAGGAAUACUUUGAUCACAAUCCAGUUUGUCUUUUUGCUGUCUAGGAAAAUUGAAAAUUGGGUCAUCUUCUAACAAAAUCUAGGUCACUACAUCAGAUCAUAAGGAAAUCUUGUUAACAAUACAUUACCUGAUCAAUAUUAAAUCUGGUUAGAAUGUAUGUCUUUCUAAAAUCUAUUUCAGUUAUGAAACCGGGCCAUCCUGGUUUAUAAACUAGGUCACAAUGUCAGUUUUGAGAAAAAAAAAAUAUGAUUAGCAAUUUAGUACUCUAGAAUUUAUGUUUUUGACUGGGUUUUCAUGAAACUUUCCUUGUCCAUGUACUGAGGUGAGCGAAUUAAAAUCAUCAUAGUUCUCUUGUUCUAAUUAUCUCCUUAACUGUUGAAAGGAAGCAUUAUACAUUAGUAUCAUUCUAAAUUGUACAAUUUAAAAGAUAAAAAUAAGAUCUAUAUGCUAUAUAAUUGGCAGGAUUGUUCUGGUUUCAAUAUUAUGGGAACUAUGUUGCUGCUUGGUGAUACCAAACUAUACCUUUACUUAUUGUAUGAUUUUGAAAAAUUCUUAUAUAUGCUACAUAAGGCUAUUUAAAUCAUUUGCAGGUUAAACCAUUGAAUCAAACCCACAAGGAAUGAAGUUGAGCUGUUUAAAAACCACUUUGAAUGUGUUGCAAAAAGCUUAAAAAACAUGCCUGCUAGACUUAUUUACUUACCAACAUAGCCAAGUUUUAAUGGAUAAAUCUAGUAAAAUCUAUGCAAACUAAUGCAAUAAACAUGGUAUUUAAGGAAUUUGCAUCAAGAGGAAAUUAAAGUCAGUUGAAUUGUUGAUAGCAGUUUAUGGGGGGAUUAUCUGGGUCAGUGUGUGACUCAUUGACCUAAAAUGCCAUUUUAUAGCUUGAAUUGUUUGUUUUGGAAGGAACUGUAUAGUUUGUUUAAAUUUUAUAAUUAAAAUUACUGUGUAAAUGCAGUCAAACUAAGCAUAAAAUUGAAUUACCAGAUCUAUUGUUUAUUACAUCUUUCUUCAGUGUUCUAUAGUGAAAUUAACUGGAGACCCCUACCAUUCAUAAUCUUUACCCUGCUAUAUUUCUAAAAUGGACUGGUCCAACAUUUAGUUUUGGCGGUACCAUUUAUUAUUCAAAGGGGUGUUCACUGACUGAAUAGCGAACAGUGCAGACCAAAGGCAAAGGCAGAAUCACUUUCUGCCAGCAUGCAUGUGUGUAAAGUAUAUGUAGAAAUCUGAAAUGGUGUUGUAUUUUAUCAGAAACUAUGCUAAACCUUUAAUAAGGUAUUUUGAAACUGUGUAUUUUAAUAGUUUCUCACUUUAUUCAUGUUUUGUUAAACACUUGUUUGUAAGCUGGAUUAUGGGGAAAUAUACACAAUCUUUGCAAUGCUUAUUUUAGGUGUAUUUCUAUUUCUAUUCUGGAGGAGGAGUGUAAUAACCAAUUAUGCCUAAAAUGUGACCUUUGAUUAAUUUCAGUUUAUUAUGUGAUUUAUCAUUGAUUAUUUAUGUUGAGUUUUAAAUGUACAAAAUAUUAAAAUAAUUGAAACAGAA